AUGCCUUCGCCUUCAGAUCCCAGUCUGCAGUUCGAUUCUAUCGAAGACUCAAUCAAGGCUUUUAAAAACGGAGAAUUCAUAAUCGUCCUUGAUUCGCAAGAUCGUGAGAAUGAAGGUGACCUUAUCGUUGCCGCGGAGUCGAUCACAGAUGCGCAGAUGGCGUUUCUAGUCCGCUUUACGAGUGGUCUGAUUUGCGCACCUAUUACCCCUGAGAUCGCCCGCCGCCUCUCCCUGCCCCAGAUGGUCGUCGAGAACGCAGACCCCAAGGGAACCGCAUACACCAUUUCCAUCGACUCCAACGACCCCUCCGUCACGACCGGAAUCUCCGCACAAGACCGCGCCCUGACAUGCCGCACGCUAGCCUCUCCAACUGCCAAAUUCGAGGACUUGCGGCGGCCCGGCCACAUUAUCCCGCUCGAGGCGAAGAGCGGCGGCGUGCGCGAGAGAAAGGGACACACGGAGGCGACGGUUGAGUUUUGCCGUCUGGCGGGUAAGACGCCUGUUGGUGUGAUUGCGGAGUUGGUGGAGGAUGGCGAGCUCGUUGAGGGAAUCCCCGAGAUUCGUGGUAAUAACGGUAUGAUGAGGCGUGAUGGGUGCUUGAAGUUCGGCAAGAAAUGGGGGAUCAAGGUGUGCACGAUUGAGGAUUUGGUGGAGUACCUUGAGAGGACGGAGGGGCCUGUUCGGAAUGGGAAGCAUUGA